AACAACUGAGAGAGCAGUGGGAGGACUUAACUGGCAACACAAACAGCAGGACUGCUGUCUCCAAGGGAAAACAAAACUCUGAGUACUCAUUCAGCUACAGCAAACGAUCUCCUAAUACAAUUAUUGCUAUUACAACUGCUGUUUCUGGUUCUUAAAGUGCAAGGCUCUGUUGUACCAUGGAUCUAGCUAUUGUGUGUGUCUUUUGGAUGUGCCUUUGGAUUGUCUCUGCUGACAGGCAUACAGUGUUUUGGAACAGUACAAACACAAGGUUUCACACGGAUGAUUAUACUGUUGAGGUGAGGCUCAAUGACUAUUUGGAUAUUAUCUGCCCGCACUACGAGGAAGGGACUUCAACUAUACAAGACCCUGAACGUUAUACCCUCUUCAUGGUGGAUUAUGAGGAGUAUAUUAAUUGUAAGCCAAUUUCCAAGGAUCAAGUUCGCUGGGAGUGCAACAAGCCAUUUGCCCCACAUGGUCCUGAGAAGUUUUCUGAAAAGUUCCAACGCUUUACACCUUUCACUUUGGGAAAAGAGUUCAAGGAGGGUCACAGUUACUACUAUAUCUCUAAACCUAUACAUCGUCAUGGAGAGAAGUGCCUGAAACUCAGAGUAGCAGUUCUAAGCAAGACAGGUCGUGGACCCCAUACAAAUGUGCUUACUUCAAGGCCAAGGCUACAAUCAGACUAUCCAUCUGACGGACAACCUGAUACCUUAAAAAGUGUCGGAGGUUCAGCAUCAUCAUUUUCAUCUCUGUCUGUCACUAUAAUCUUACUGUCCCUUCUAACAGUGAUAUUACAAGGAGUCCCUGUUUGAUAAUACCUUUAAUUCUGGUGGCACAGUGGAGAUAAGACAGCCAUCACGUGAAAUGCUAAGACACCUGCAGGGCUAGAAAGCCAUCUAUGCAACAAGUGCACUAUGUAGCAACAAUUCAGAAGCUUUGAGACAGUCAGCAUUCACCAAACCAAUCAAAGCAAAACUGAGAAAAAAGAAGCCACCAGACCCUGAGACCUGGUAACCAAAGUGGAACUGGAUAAGAAAAAGCCAAACAAUACCUUCAGAACUGUGACCAAAGAACUUCUACAAUUGUUUGCACUUUCUAGCCUGUUGCUGUGGCAACGAGGAAUGCUUCAUCAAUCACAGAAUUGAAGCAGCGGGUGUCUGCAGAACACUGAAUACUAAGGGAAUGGCGUGCCCUUGCAGAACACUGAAUACUAAGGGAAUGGCGUGCCCUUGCAGAACACUGAAUACUAAGGGAAUGGCGUGCCCUUGCAGAACACUGAAUACUAAGGGAAUGGCGUGCCCUUGCAGAACACUGAAUACUAAGGGAAUGGCGUGCCCUUGUGAUCAUUGCACUGAAGGAGAUGGGCUGGUCAUUCAAAGCUGCCUUGCAGGCAAAGGCAAAAGUGUGUUGGUGCCCUUCUGUAGAACUUUACAUCUCAGUAUUUUGUUUCCUUGUUUUAGGAUGCCGGCAUCCUUUUCACAAGAAAAGCUAUAAUGUAUGAACUAAAUGUACAGUAAAAAAUGUAAAUACAAGAGCCAUAAUUUAAGAAAUUUAUGUAGCAGAGUAUAUGAACACUAACUAUACUGAGAAAGACAAAGGUCUGUCUUUGCACAGGAAACUAAACAGGGAGUCUGAAAUGCUGUCAAAUUGUGCCAUACAUUCACAGCCUUUGGCCAAACUUAGCAAAAAUUCAUACGAAAAGCAAGAUAGCUGAAUUCCGGUGCUAAUUUUAACUGGUUAUUUUGUACAGUAGUAUUCCUCCACUAAGCCUUUUUGGUGCUCAAACAAAGCUGUUCUGCCAAAUAAUAGUACCAGAGCUGGCAAAUUUCAGAUGUCUCACAGAUGUCAGCACUGGCUACAUUUGAAAAAAGUAGGCUUUAUUAGGUCUUUAACUUAAAGUGGAUAGAAGAUUUACUGUUUUUCUCCCCUCAGUAUGUUUAACAGGCAUCUUUUCCUUCUGCAUGUACUAUGUGUAGGAGAUAUUGUGUGCCAGUGAGCAUUUAGUCAAGACAGUAUUACUUCCAUGUGGCCACUCUAUAUCAGUGGCAAAAGAACUAGCCAAGCCCUUUGAAUGUAACUUGGAUGUACCUAUAUGAUCAUGUCUUUGUCAUACUACAACCAUUUCUCAACCCACUGGGGUCACCAGACUUUUUGUAAACACAGAAAGAAAUGCAGCCCCUACAUUUUUACACACUGUAUGAUAGUCUUCUGUUUUUUUUUUGUUUUGUUUUUUAUUCAAAAUUUCCUUUUAACAGUAAAAUGACAAUCACAUUGCAUUUAAGUUAAGGAUCUUUAUUUAAGUAUUUAAAAUCCAAAAGAUGGUGAAUGUCAUGUAGGAUAAGGAUACAGAGAGUAUCUUAAUGCAGAAGAUGCCCACAGUAAGGAAAAACCUCACAUGAGAAAUUCUAAAAAUCAGUAGAUAUGUAACUACCAAACUGGUGACCUUUCGUUUUCUGUUUACAUUUCUUGUUAAUACUGUAACUAAAUGUUGUCAUUAGACUGAAUCCUGUUUAUUUGCUGUGUAAAUGAAGACAUGUUAUCUGGACAAAACUGGAUUUUUAUAUCUAGUCUGCACAUAGGUUGCGUUUCAAUGUAGCACUGAGGCAGCUGGGGACUUGAGAGUGGGGAAAAGGUGUUUUAUGUGUGACAUCCUGCUAAUGUCACUCAUUAGUACAUCUCCCCCUUAAGCUUUAAAUAAUCACCUGACAUUCUUUUAUUUUUAUACUUUAUUGCUCCACAUGUGCCCUCUUGGUCUUUUGUGGCCUAACUGAAAAACUGCUCCUAAACUGCAUGGUUUGUCAAACCUUUUAAAGAGCUGAGGCUGCAGUCAACUGAAUUGUGAGGGGUAAAAUGUUAGGCAGGAUGUCUUCAUUGAUGUUUAUCUUGUCAUGAACAAGUAAAAAAAUCUAUGUUAAAACUUGUGCAAAAACAAUAUAAGACUGUAUAUUACUCCUACCGGGGCUAUAAGUAACAAGAUAGUAAACCUUUUCACUGUUCUUAUUUUUGCGAAAAAAUAUUUUUCCUAACGAACACUAUGCUUUGCACCUCAGAAAAAGGUUUACUGUGGCUAAUGAUAGAGAAGUAGAGUUUUUAAUAACUUUACUGAUUUAUAACCACACCCAUUACGGCUUUUCUUUAGCCUCUUUGCUUAAACAGUCAGUAAAUUACCCCAAUUGUCCUCAUUGCUGGUAUAACAUUAUUUCUCGGGUACUGAAUUAAAGUUAUCAUCACGUAUGUGCACAUAUCAAAGUUAGUUUUUCUUUGAAAAUGGUUAGCGUAAUCCUUGCCAAAAAUUUCUACUUGGAAUCUGGAUUCCAGAUAAUCAUUUAUGUGAUUCUGCUUUUAAUAAUUAUCCAUUUUAUAAAGUGUGGUAGUAUGUUUCAUGCUGUGCAGUCACUGAAACACUUAAUUCUAAGAUGGCUGUCUGUCUAGCAAUGUAGCAUAAUCGACCUGGGUUAUCUUUCUUUUACACAAUUGUUCAUGCUGCCACUUAUGAAAAUCGGUAGAGGCAUUAAAUGUAUGCAGAUGUGGUAAAGUUUGCCAGUUUUGCACACUCAUGCAGCAGUUUAGGUAAACAACAUUAAUAAAAACUGACAACACCUGGCAUACCUGUCCUCUUUUGCAUAAUCUAUUGUGUUGCUAGUGUUUUGAAGGCUUAAGAACAGUGACAUGCAUUCACACUUCUUUAAAGCUUGUACACUAUAUGAAUUAGAUCAGAUUUGAUCAAUUUUAAGUUUCUGUUCUUUAUAUUGUUUUUGAAAGAAAAAUAUAGGGCUCUUGACCUUUUCAUCUUGCCACUGUUAAGCAACCGAAAUUAUUUAAGGGAACCUCUUUGUACUCAAUUUUAAAUCCAUCUUAUUUAGUGCCAAAAGAUCCCAUGUUCCACAAAUUUGCAUCUGAGCCAUGAAGAAUCCCUU